CCUAGCCGGGGUUUACCGCCGCAGUGGUGGCCCGCGAUGGACGACGAGAAGACAAGAUGGCGGCGGCUGCGGGCGGCGCUGGGUCACGUGGGGCUGCUGCUCACGCUCACCGUCUACACGGCCGCCGGAGGGCUCAUAUUCCGCGAGCUGGAGCGGCCGGCGGAGGUGGCGCGCCUGGCGGCGCUGCGCGGCAACGUGGCCCGCCAGCGGCACCGCAUGAUCGCCAGCGUGGUGAACAACACUGACGUGUCCAACCUGGCCACGCUGGUGUCGGUGGAGCUGGCCACCUACGAGCGGGCGCUGCAGGAGGCGGUGCGCGGCGGCGUCUCCGUGCCCGUGGAGGCGGGCCAGGCGGCGGCGGCGGGCGCCCGCUGGAGCUUCGUGCAGGCCGUCUUCUUCGCGUCCACGGUGCUCACCACCAUAGGCUACGGCAACAUCGUGCCGGUGACGUUCUGGGGCCGCGCCUUCUGCGUGGUGUUCGCGCUCGUGGGCCUGCCGCUGACCCUGGGCGUGGUCGCCGACAUGGGCCGCCUGUUCGCCGGCGGGGUGUCCGCGGCGUGGGCGCGGCUGCCCCCGGGGGCGAGGGCCCGCCUCGCCCCGCCGGCCUCCGGGGUGGGCGCCGCCGGCAGGCGCUCGCUGUCGGCGCUCGCCGCCGUGCUCUUCCUGCUGCUGUACCUGGCGGCCGGCGCCGGCCUCUUCAUGCUGUGGGAGGAGGAGUGGGGGUUCUUCGAGGGCUUCUACUUCUGCUUCGUCACCAUGACCACCAUCGGCUUCGGCGACCUCGUGCCGAAGAAGCCCAAGUACAUGCUGCUGUGCACGGUGUACAUCCUGGUGGGGCUGGCGCUCACCUCCACCAUCUUCGAGCUGGUGCGCAAGCAGUACGCGCGCUCCUGGCGGCGGCUGCAGGAACUGUCGGGCCCGCUGGGCGACGCCUUGCGCAGGCUGGGCGAGGGCGCCGGGGGCGGCAUCGACACGGCCGCGCUCACGCGGUUCCUCGCCGUGGCCGGCGCGCCCAAGUUCCGCCACGGUGGCUCCCACAGCGCGAAGCAGCAGCGCGAGUGGGAAGAGGCUAUGGCCCAAGUGCUGAAGGACAUCGCCGGACCAAAGAAGAAGCAGCCUCCCGUGGUCCAGAUCGUUCUCUACGAGUCCUCCGUAUGACACACACUGCUCACUGUGCACUAGCCAGCGCGACACGGAAAGAGACGUUACGUACAAAGUUUGCUGACCUGACCGGUUCUUGCCUGCGGAUAAACAUCUCGGAGAAAAUGUUAAAAAGGAUUAGUUCAGCGAACGUUUAACCAAAGAAAUACACUUGGUACGAUUUUCGAUCUUAUACGAGUGUUCGAAUUGUAAGUAAUGCCUACAAAAUAAUUAAGGCAAAUCCUCCACAUAAUCUUAUGUACUUAAAAUUUUCUUUAAACUAGUAAACUCUGGGCAUAUUCACAGAGCACUAAGAAUUUAAAUGUUGAAGUAAAAUGUUUACAAUUUUUGUGGUAAACAGUCCUAACUGCAUUUCAAAAAAAUUUCUUCUGAAAACAAAAAGAAUUUGAAGAUUUGAAUUUGAAAAAUAUAUAUAUAUAUUUAAGGUGUAUAUAAAAUAAAUUAUUUCUUCCUUUUUACUUCUCUAGCUAGCAAUUAAGCUAGAGCGGCUUGCCAAUAUUGAGUUUUUAUCUCUCUUAAAAAAAAAUGUUUUUGGGGUGCAUAUAAUAAAUAUGUUAUAUAUUUGUAAAUUAUUGGCUAAUAUUACUUCCAAUUUUUUUAUUUAACUUGUAGAGCUAAUAUAAAUCAGUGCUGCUAGAAAAAAUAUUUUAAGAAUAAAGUGAAACAAUAAAAUAUAGCUUACUCAUGUGAAUGUAAAAAGUGAGUACGCAAACAGAGUAUUGUAUCAAGUGUACCAUAUUAGAUAAUCUUGAUGUAUCUAGUACAUAUUCUUGUCUUAUAAUUCCAAAAUAUUGUAGCACUCUGAGCACUUAAAUAAGGAGGGUCUUAAUGUGUGAUAAAAUAAAACAAUUUAUUUUUUUG